ACCACUCAUAAUUUCUAUUUUAGUCCCUUUCUUUCCCCUCUCCUCAGUCCUCCAAAUUUCCAACCAAAAUUAAUAACAAAAUAACCAAACACUCCCUUAUAUGACUUCCCCCCACAAAACCACUACCACCACAACCCACGGCGGCUCUCCUCCUCUCCUCCGGCAAUGAACACCCAAUAUUUAACUUAUUACCUUUCUAAUCACCCGUCCAUCGUCAGUUUCCGGUGGAGCACUCAAUCUUGGGGCUCGACGUGGUCGUUUCUUUUCUAUGCAAUUUCUUUUUAUAUAUUUUUUUCUAUUUUCAUCCAUCUUUUGUUGCUAAUUCUCCUCCGUCGCGAAAGGUCGGUCCGUUUAGGUCCGAUACCGGCGAUUCAUAGUCUUUGCAUGUCUUUGGUGUCAGUUAUUAUAUUCUCGGGAAUUCUCCUUUCAACAUCCACUGAAAUUCAAGAAACUAAAUGGUUUUGGCGACGGUCAAAAACCCCAUUCCAAUGGCUACUCUGUUUUCCUUUAGGUACGAGACCGUCUGGUCGCGUAUUCUUUUGGUCGUAUAUGUAUUAUCUUUCGAGAUUCUUGCAUAUGUUCCGUACUCUUUUUACUAUUUUACAAAAGAGAAAACUGUCGUUUUUUCAGUUAUUUAACAACUCAAUCUUAGCGUUCAUGUCGUUUUUAUGGCUUGAAUUUUCUCAAUCUUUUCAAGUGUUGGCAAUACUUUUAGCGACGCUUGUUUAUUCCGUCGUAUAUGCGUACAGAUUUUGGACGGCAAUAGGAUUCCGCAGCGCUUGUUUUCCGUUCGUCGUGAAUUGUCAAAUUUUGUCGCUGGGUUGUAAUCUUUGCUGCCAUGUUGGUGUGCUAUUGCUUCACUUGAUGAAAGGUGGGUGUAACGGAAUUGGAGCUUGGAUUUUUAAUUCAGUGCUUAAUGGAGCAAUUUUGUUGCUGUUCUUGAAUUUUUAUGUGAAGAUGCAUUUAGCAAACAAGAAGAAGAAGAAGAAGAAAUUGCAGCAUGAAAUUGCAGUUGUUAAAAAAGAAUAAUUAAAUUUUGGUGUGGUUAGUGCAAUUUGGACCAAAUAGUGGGGCAAAAUAAAUAAGUGUAUAAUUGAAAGAGUAAAUGAGUAGUUUUUUUUUAAUGAAUUAGGUUAAUUUAGAACAAAUUUUGUAAUUUGUUUA